AACCAACAAUCCGCUUUCUUGGCUUGGCGAUUGGGGGCUUCGAAAGGCUCCUUCUCCUCCUGCUGUUGCUAGUGCUGCUACUCCUUCCCCAGCAUGCCGGCGGGCUUCCUUCGGGUCCGGCGGCGCCUGGGCCUGGCCGGCUGGGCGCUGCUCUGCUGGGCGCUGUGCGGGGGCCGCCUGGCGCGCGGCUACGUGGUGGUCAGCUCGGUCUCGUGGCCGGAGGAAGAGCUGGACAGCGCCUCAGCCGAGGAGGAGGAAGAGGAAGAGGAAGGGGCCACUCCGGCGCUGCUGGGCGAGCCCGGCCGCCUCUGGAAGCGGAGCCACCCGGCCUCGGUGUACAAGCGGGAAGGCGAGCGGGAAGGAGGGCGGGAAGGGGCCAAGCGGCGCGCCUCGCCCUCCCGCAUGUUCUCCUACCGGAGAGAGGGGGCGGCGCCUCCCGGGGAAAGGGCCGGCAAGGCGGCCAGGGAGAGGCUCCUCGCCGCCGCCUGGGGCUUCCUCGCCGCCGCCUCCGCCCAGGAGAAGAUCCAAGGAACCCCAUUUGGAAAUUGUUUAUCUAUCAGUGAUGGUCCCGCAGACAACAGCACAGGAAUUCCGUUCUUCUAUAUGACUCCAAAGGACAACACGGUAUCAGAUUUAAUGAAAAAUGCCACUGCUUCAUUAACGUUACCAGAGGCAGAAGGAGAUUUUUGCAGAAAAACUAUUGUUGACCCUGAUGAUCCACGAUGUGCCAGACUUAUUCUUACAGGACAAAUGGUUACUGUGCCUCCAGAAGAAAUGGAAUUUGCUAAGCAGGCGUUAUUUUCUAGGCACCCAGUUAUGAGAAAAUGGCCUCGUAGUUAUGAAUGGUUCUUUAUGAAAAUGAACAUUGAACAUGUCUGGCUUCAGAACUGGUACGGAGGAAUUGCAGCUGUUGGACUGGAGGAAUACUUCAAAGCAAUUCCCAGUAAAGCAUGACUGAACAUUUAAAUAUGGAAAUUUUGUUUCCUCAUUUACUUUGAAAACAAGCUGUUUUAUAUGCUACGCUACCCAGUAUUUAUUUAACUGUAAUUUUGUGCAAAGUAUUUAAAAUUGCCCCAUUUUUCUGAAUGGGAGUAAAACAACAGUAUGAACUUUUUAAUGUGAAAAUGAACACCAAAAGCAGAUCUGAAAUUGCAGUAGAUUUUACCAUUUCAGGCUGGAGAUGGAUCACUCCAAACAUUUUAAAUGGUCUAAGUAGUUUUGAUUUUUUACAUACAUUGACAGUAUGAUGAUACUAUGUGUUAAUAAACAUUUCUGAAUCGGGACAAAAACUGCAACUCCACAGGAAAAGUUUGGCUUGUAAAGUUAAUAUUGCAAUUUCCAAUUUUACCUAAGGGACAUAAUUGUCUCACAAAAUGUGAUGCUCUAAAAUGGAUCAAACAUGAUCCUGUCCCUCACAUUAUAUAUUUUGUUAUGAGCAUGGGGUUGGCACUUCUCCGUGCUUUUCUUUCCAUUUUCAGCUAACCCUUUCUUCUCUUUUUCUACUUCUUUUUGGUUAUAUUCAAAAUUUAGACACAUUGGUUAACAAACCAAUUUCAAACAACUGGUUAAUUAUCCUGACUUCUUCCAGUACAUCCCAGUUAAUAUGUAGUAAAUAAUUAAGCUCAUGCAUAUAACACUGAACUUUUUUUUAUCGUGUCAGAAGUGACUUGAGAAAUGGCAAGUAGCUUCUGGUGUGAGAGAAUUGGUCGUCUGCAGAGACGUUGCCCAGGGGACACCCUGAUGUUAUACCAUCCUGUGGGAGGCUUCUCCCAUAUCCCCGCAUGGAAAGCUGGAGCUGACAGAUGGAAGCUCAUCCUGUCUCGUGGUUUUGAACCACCGACCUUCAGGUCAGCAGUUCAGCCGGCACAACCGCAGCUCCUAACACUGAACUAAUAGUCGAUGUUAAGAUUCAUCUCACUUCCUGUGUUGAUAUUUUAAAUGCCUCUAGAAACAUCCUUUUAGGAAGUUAAGGGAUCAUCAGUAUAAAUUUGAAACCAAGGAAUAAAAUAGAAAACGAAACAAAAUAAAGGUCGGUAAAUAUAUUUUUCUUCCAGCAGUAAAUAAAUCAUUUGGAACUAGAUAUUGCAACACUUGUGUCAUAUCUGUUGCCAGAGGAAUGUAUGAUAGAUCUGUUUUGUUUCCUUUUGCUCACUGACAGCCUUUUGAAUAUUUAAAAAAACUCUUCUGUCAUAUAGAUGUUAGCAAAGAUAACAUGAAUUGUUUGGAACAAUACUAAAAUGUUGAAAUUUAGCACUACAGAUAUGGACUAAGUGGCCUUUAUUAUAUUCCUUUGGUAUUUCUAUGUAAAGGAGUAUCCAGUUUCAUGUAUUUUUGUAUUUUAUGAAUCAUAAUGUAGCUCCCAUAAAUAAAGAGUUCUACAAAAUA